UUUGAAUGGGACAGUUGCGUUUUAACGCAGGAGAUAUCACUGAGGAGCUAUAUACGCGCUGUCUACUACGACGACCGUUCAUCACUCUGGCGUCACUCAAAAACGCGAGAUUUCUCAUUCGGUUCCCUCGCUGAGAUCCAAGCCAUAAGUUAAACCAUGCCCUCGUUCUUGAACAAGGUCUUUGGCAGAAAGACAAGUGAUGAUAGAAUCCAAGCAAAGCUUCAGGACUCUAACGACAACGGCUUACUGGACGGAAAAUACGAGGCUGUUUCUCCACCGAACUUUACCGCUCCCAAUAUUAACACCUUGUCAAAGGUUCAGACGGGAAAAGAUCAUGCAGGAUUCUCGUUGUUUAGGCCAAAAUCUCGUUUUACCCCCCCUCACUCUUCGCACAAACGCACGGAGAACCUUCCUCAAUUGUCACUCCAACUUCCGAGUCUGAAAGACAAUGCAGAGUCUCUCGAACUCGGCGUUUUCGAAGUUGAUCCCGAAUCUCAAAGGAUUCUCGAUGACUCUGUCCUCGGUGCAAGGCUCCUGAAUCCUUUGGAAGCCCUCAUACUUGUUCGAGCCUGUGCCCAGACUAUCACUGAGCGAGGCUUAGAAACCCUCGGAAUCAUGCACCCUCAUUGGCACUCCGCGUCACCCGAUAUUCAACGAAAGCUAAUCUCGCUCUUCAUCCAUUCUUUGGCUCCCAAAAGCCGCACAACCGCACUUUCUCCAACGCCUGCCGCGGCAAUAUCCGCCUUUGAGGCUGAGCUUGAGUACAUCCGCUCUCCUCACGACGUUGCAGCUGUGCUCCGUUGGGGCCUUCGUCACCUUGUGCUUGAGAAUAACUCUUUCGGCAAGGAUGUCUCUGCACCUGAAUGGGCGUGGUACAAGUCCUUUUUCGAUGCUGAAAAAGGGGCAUCGUAUCCACCCAAGAGUUUCACGGAAUUGCUCCUCCCCCAGCUCCCUCAAGCGCACAUCGAGUUGCUUCUCGCGACUGUUGACAUCAUAUCCGCAUUAGCUUCGCAUGCUGAAGCGAACAGCAUCUCUGGUAGCAAGCUUUCCAAGUUUUUGGGCUUAUGGUUACUCACCGCGACGAGGACCGAGCAAACCGACAACUGGACCACCUUUUAUGCUCGAUGGGAACGCGCUGGCCGGAUUUUGGAGCAUCUGUUCCUUGCACGAAUUAGGGAGGAAAGCUUCAACUCUCGACUGCCUACCCGACUUCAGGAACUUGUCAAGCACUAUCCAUAUUCGAGAGGGUCACGCGAUGUUGAAGAGGAUCUUCUUCCCCCUCCUCGCUUCUCUACGCGGAGCUGCAGUGUCCUCUUUGUGCGCAUAGAGGUCCUUUUGUCAGAGUCUGCACCACAGCCCAAACCAUCGCCCGUUCGCCUUCUCUUGGAUGCAUUCAACCUAUCUUCCGAAGGUGAAACCUUUGAGCAUGUUGGGUUGUGGAACGCGCUCAAGACUGCCGCCACCGAAAUUGUCUCUUCAUCCUCGGCGGCUGGUGCUCAGGAUGGCCCACAGUUCGGUCGGGUGUUCGUGGAUGAGACGAUCCACCUCCUCGCGUCCACAUCUCGUAACGCCUCUUCUCCAGUCAUGUCCCCGACAAUUGAAGUUGCAUCGCCCGUGCCCAGACGCUCUUCGCCUUUCAAGAAGGUUCUCAACCGUAGUAAGGACAAUGCUACCCACGGAAACGGAAACGGGAACGGAAACGGGAACAGUGCAACGUCUCCCGUCUCGUCUGUUUCCUCGCCAAUCAUCAGCGACUGGGCACAGUUCUCCACUAGCGGCUUCGGUGAAACAAGUACAGUCACACCACUCGCUGCAACCCUCCUCGAUACAGACAAGGAUGUUGAGAUUACAGAACCGCUCGUGUCCCCUAAGUCGAGUAAGAGAUGGGGAAGAUCACGUUCAGGACAGCGCUCUGCUGAUUCCCCAUACGAGACGAGCACCAAAGAGUCCACAGUCCUCAGCACCAAGCUCGCGAGUGUCCACAUGACACAAGUUGAUGAGGCAUUCAUCGAUUUCUGGUCCGACGCUAUCACAGACCCCAUCACGGAGAACUGGCCCUCAUUUGUUAUCUGUGGGCUGAAGCCGCUGCCUGCGAAUGAAGCUGUCAGUUGGCUCGUCGUCGAGCAGACAUAUGUACGCCAGCAGCCCGCGCGGCCCCGCCCGACGUCUCCCGAGCGGCGUGGUCGUACGUCUCCCCGCCCUUCGUUUCGCUCGGAUAUUUCUGGCACACUUGCUGCUACGAGGAAGCGAUUCAGCUUUUUUGGUGGUACGAGUAAGACGGGUUUAACGGGCAAGAAGGGUAUAAUGGGAAAGUCGCCCAAGGUCGGCGAGCUUGGUGAGAUCUUGCCUGAGGAAGAUAGAUCUGAGACGCCGACGGCUGGGACGAGUACAAGUAAGGAACUUGGACUGGGCAUCGCUGGUGCUGCCACAGUUGGUUCAGUUGCCAUAGAGGCUGUUCAACCGCUUGCACAUUCACAGGGACCUAUCCCCGAGGAAAUUGUUCAGUCACCUGCCGUAGCCGCACCCGCAGAACCUGCCCUGCAGCCUCGGGAGGACAAUGCUGCAGCAGCGCUACGUGAACAAGCCCUGGUCGAAGAAGCCAACAACGUUCUCGACAAGGAGACCCCUGAGACUGGCGAGUCUGUCGCGCUCGCAGCCAUCCCCGAUGAAUCUGUUCCAGAGUCUGAGGCUACGCUUGUCGAGGAAUCUAUUUCACAGCCCGAACCAGCGUCUCUUGCAGAACCAGAGGUCGUGUCCACAGCGCCUGAACCUGCACAUGAUAUCGAGACGUCUGUUUUUGGAACUCCAGAGUCGCCGGCAUCGGAUGAUACUCUCCCUGCAGUCCCCGUAGUAGACGACGUACCUGAGCCACUCAUCGAGCCGGAAGAACAGACCUCCAUUGUCGAGGAAACGCCCUCCGAGGUGCUCGCUAAUGAAGGCAUCGAAGAUACUCCUGAAGACGCUUCGGUUUAUGAAGCUGCCGAGGCCGAAACUCCGGAAGAAACCCCCGUAGAACCCAUACCACCCGCUGCUGAGCCGAAGCCCGUUGAAUAUACCGAUGGCGCAGCAUCCAUGGAACUACCAUCAUCUGCAGAUGCGCAGGACGACGUGAACGUCCCGGAGGAGCAUCCAUCAUAUUGAGAACAUUGUUGAAGAUCCAUCGUGAUUACCUUUUUGAUUGGUUCUUGGGUUUAUUUUAUCGUUUCAUGUUUGAACUUUGGUUGCGAAACCUCCAACUGUCCUUUG